GCGGUUUACUGGUGUGUUGCCCAUUUCAACACUGAAUGGGUUUCUGCAAAUCGUCGUAUGGUUAUAAACAUCUUCAGAUAGCUUUAAUAGUUUCAAAUAUAAUUAUCCUUGGAUGUGCAAUUUGUAUAAUUGCUGUUGAUGGCAUUUUCUACUAUGCAGUUCGCGUGCAUAGUGAUAAUCUCCAUGGGACUGUUAAAGGAAUAAUUACCUGUGUAGCCAUAGUUGGGUGUUUUAUGAUUUUAGUUGGAUUUUUGGGUCUAUUCGGCGCCUGUUUACACAGUGCUGAUAUUCUUUCACUGUAUGCUGUUGGACUUUUAUGCAUAGUUCUUUUGCAUUUGGGUACCGGAAUAGCUUGUUUGUGUUACCAGUUGGAAAUGUGGAACAGUCUACACCUAGUCAUAAGUAAUGCUGUCAAGAAUUAUCACAGUGACAAAAACUCAAGUGUUCUGCUGGAUAAAAUUCACAGAGAUCUUCAAUGUUGUGGAGCCCGGACGUAUAUUGAAUAUGGUGACAAACUGCCUUCAUCUUGCAUAGAAGAUGGUCGUGUAUAUAUCAAGGGUUGUACUGAUGCAUUGACUGAUUUCGGCAGCAAAUUCUUAAUUACUGUUAUCAUUCUCGUGUUUUCAUUUAUUAGUAUAGAGAUUGUAUGCAUUGGACUGGCUAUCUCUUUAGCCGCAUACUUCAGUACAAUGGAUAUUAGAUGAAAUGUAUUCAUCAUAUCAGAUAGUCAUUAUAAUUGGUCAAUGUAUCUAUUUAUCUAUCUAUCUAGCAGAGAUAUUAAAUUUUCUUUUUUUUUUACAAUAUGUUCAUUAUUAUUAUUAUUAUUUUGUAUUUCAAGUGUCACAUGGAAUGUAUUCUCAUUUAAAAGUAAAUAUGUUUGUAAAUAAAAAAGGUAUGUCUAC